AUGCUACGCUUUCUGCGUCGUUUGCAAACAUCAGCUGGAUCCCAGCGCGUCGUCGAUCGGGAUUGCUGUGGAAUCGCCACAGCAGCAGCAGGGCAGCAUGCCAGGCCUGGAAAAAUUGCUAAUCGGCCACGAGAUGUUCUUUCAGAGAAAGACCAUCGGGGUGGCAAAGGCAGCAAAAGGGGUGAAAAGGCGAGAGGCGGAGGGUCACAUGGUAGUCGUGCCAAUAGAAAAGCCGCGAUGCAAUUGGAGGAGGCCUUGAAGGAAUCCAAGCGACGCAGCCAGGAAGGAAUGGUUCCACCUACGUUUGAAGAGUGGAAAACAUAG